CAAUCUUUCACAGUCACGUAACCUCGGAAGUCCCUAGAUACGAUCUAGACCUCGAAUAGGCUAAAGAAAGAGCGAAAUGCGCUUUGAGAUACUCCGUGUGCGAUCUCAGUUUCAGCGACUCCAAAUUUCCGAUUUCUAAGCCGUAAACCCCGACCCGUUGAUAAAGUGAACACUGUAGGCUUCUCGGUCUACCUAUCUAGGCAUCUAUAUACCUAUAUAUUUCUUUCUUUCCUUAAUUACGUCGUAGUGGAAUGCGUAUUUCCCUCAUCUACUUCAAGAAACAUCAUCUCGACAACCUAAACUCACUAGUUUCACCCGAGCGCUUCUACGCUUCCUCAAGUAAGAAAAGUGUAAAAAUAGAGGACACCGGCUAGCCUAGUACCUACCUAUACAAAACAAAAUGGUCCGUAUCUUUAUAACAGGUUCCUCCGACGGCCUCGGCCUCCGCGCAGCCCAAGCCCUCUCCCAACGGGGCCACGAAGUAUACCUACACGCCCGCACCCCCCAACGCGCCACCGAAGCCCGCUCCUCCUGUCCCUCAGCCAAAGACGUAUUCAUCGCGGACCUAUCCUCAACCUCCGAGACCCAAUCCCUAGCCACCCAACUAAACACAUCCGGGCCAUGGGACACCAUCAUCCAUAACGCGGGUGUAAUGCACGGCGCCUCAGCGCAAGGAAAAGGGAAAGAAGGCUUACCGAAGUUAUUCGCGGUGAAUACGCUAGCACCGUAUAUACUAACGAGUUUGGUGGACCCACCGCCCAAGAGAUAUGUUUUCGUUGCGAGUGGUAUGCAUCAUGGUGGCGAUGCGACGUUGAGGGAUGUGCAGAGCGCGACGUAUAGUGAUAGUAAAUUGCAUAAUGUGCUAUUGGCGUUUUGGUUCGCGAGGAGGUUUGCGGGGAAGGGGGUUACGAGUAAUGCGCUGAAUCCUGGAUGGGUUCCUACGAAAAUGGGAGGCUCUGGUGCACCCGAUGACAUUAACGCCUCUAUCGAAACAUACGUCAUGCUUGCGGAGGGAUCAGGCGUCUCCGAAGGGAAAACGGGGAAAUUCUGGUAUCAAUCCCGCGAGGCGCGAUCUGGAGGCUCGGGCAGAGAGACCAGCUAUACAACCAAAGCAGAUGAGGCAGCACGACAGGAUAAGCUGAUCGAGAUACUGGAGAAAAUCUCAGGUGUGCAGCCACCCGAAUAAAGUCGCCGUCGAUGAAUAAACCAUGACCAGGUUUAUUGUUGGUGCAGAUUGAAUAAUUGCAGAAUUUUAAUUUGGCUUUACGGCAUGGUGGCUACUUAUAUAGUAAGUGCAUGCUGUAGGCGUUUCUGAAGAAGGGAAUCUCAUUACGUCGGGGGCUGGCUCGGUAAGAGCUAGACAGACUAUAGGGGUUAUGUUGGUUGUACGAAGGCUGACGGUUUCGAACGAUAUCGAAUCAUUGUUGCCAUAUACCAGACUAUAGCUUCUGUGUAACAAUUUCAAUAAGCUGUCAAAUUCAUGAUCAUCGAAAAACCAAAUGUUCUCGGACUAGACUCGCCGGGUUCGUGAGAUAGCCUUCUAAGAUGAUUGACACCAUCGCUGGCGCCACAUAUCCCCUUGUAUCCUUCGGGAAACUGCGGGUAUUGCUGCGAAUUAACAAAAAGUCCUGCAUUCGAUAUAUAUUCACCGCUUAUAUAUGUAUACCAAGGUUUGCUGAUAGCCGGGUGGACUGAUUUUCGUAUUGCUCCGCUAAAAAGCAAUAUACCAAUCCACUAGGAGUGGGAUGUCGCGAUGAUAUUUUAUAGCUUCAAUGACGGAACAAUCUAGAGCUUACCUUAUCUAGUGAAUUACGAAAUAAG